AUGUCGACUCCUCGACCAGGGCGAUCAAAUUUGACCCAGCUGCCUGACACAAGCCUUCAGUUGAGUCGCCCUGUUGCUGCGAUAGAGAUUACGAGCCUCCGCUACGAGUUCUUCGAGACUACCCGCAAGCUAUUGCAACACACGGUAUUUGCCCUCCUCCUGGCAAUCAGACUGUACAUGCUGCCUCUUCUUUUCAUCUCCUACAAACUCUCGGCACAUGACGACCCUUGGUACCCUGCAAUCUGGAAUCCCGUCCUACUGCCCGGGCGGGCAUUAGCCGAUGUCAACCGAUGUCGCCAGCGAAGUAGCAGUAUGAAGAUUGGAAAAGCAUGGACCAGUGUCAGAGAUGGAAUCUUCGCUCCUGUCAAAAUAUUCCGAAGCCUGUAUUCGUUGGGGAAAAUGAUCGGCGAAGACCCAAAUAGCCUCCAGCCGGACCUGUUCCCUCAGCUGGAUCCUACGACGGGCAGCGGGAUUGAUGACCAAAGCAAGGAUGAAGAUAGUGUAGGAGAACAAAGCACAGAAUCCACGGACUCUCCACUCGAGGCACCGGCUAGUGCGUCGCAGAUAUAUCAUGCGGCACUACUCAGCGGUGGCACCCUCGACGACAUGCUCGCAACCUUUGAAACCGACGGAGACAGCCAAGCAGUGGGCUUCAAUCGCGUUGUGAUUCGCCGCGAUCCAAAGGCCUGUCUCUCUGUCGAGCAGCUUGAUGCAAUGAGUCAAUGGAAGCGGCAACGGUGCCGCACUCCGAGCGUUCGAUCUACCCCCGAGGCAGUGCUUGGUGCUGGAAAGGCGGGCGGAUAUUUUCCAAGCCGUGCUGUUCUCUCAGGUCCACGGAACUUUCAACAGCCUAGGAUGCCCGACAGGCAAGCCAGCGUGCGCCGAGUCCAGCUCCAAGGCGAGCCUCAAGCAGACAAUCAGUUACCCAAGAACAGCCCUGGAUCCCCUACAUCCACUCGCACGUGUCACCUUCCUGAGACGCCGCAACCGGACGGCCAUGGGGACUCUAGUGCAUUGGAUCGCUGUCCUACAUUUGUUCGGCGCCAUGCUCAAAGCCGUCUCCCGAGACGAUCAGUAACCGGGGAUAAACGGGCUCUUGCCAGGCUGAAAGAAAGAGGCGCAAUGUCAACUCCAGUGCUACCUGUAUCUCCGCUGACGCCGCCACCUAAGCGGGUCCGGCUGCAACGAAGGGUUCGACCGAAGGCAAGCGUGUUGAAAGCUUCGAACAUCUGA